AUGCCUAUAAUAUGGAACAGGGGAACAAGUGGUAUCAGUGGAACAUUUGGAACGAAUGGAAACAGUGGAACAUUUAAAACACGUGGAAUUAGUGAAACAUUUGGAACGAAUGGAAUCAAUGGAACACAUGGAACAAGUGGAAUCGAAACAUUUGGAACGAAUGGAAUCAAUGGAAGAUUUGGAACAAGUGGAAUCAGUGGAACAUUUGAAACGAAUGGAAUAAGUGGAACGUUUGGAACGAAUGUAAUCAAUGAUACACAGGGAACAAGUGGAAUCGGAACAUUUGGAACGAAUGGAAUAGGUGGAACCCUUGGAACAGAGGGAAUCGAAACAUUUGGAACAAAUGGAAUCGGUGAAACAUUUGGAACAAGUGGUAUCAGUGGAACAUUUGGAAUGAAUGGAAUCAGUGGAACAUUUGGAGCAAGUGGUAUCAGUGAAACAUUUGGAACAAGUGGAAUCGGUGAAACAAUUGCAUCGAAUAAACCAGUGGAACAAGUGGAAUCAGUGGAACAUUUGGAACGAAUGGAAUUGGUGAAACAUUUGGAACAAGUGGUAUCAGUGGAACAUUUGGAACGAAUGGAAUCAGUGAAACAUUUGGAACGAAUGGAAUCGGUGAAACCUUUGGAACAAGUGGAAUGGGAACAUUUGGAACAAGUGGAAUUAGUGGAACAUUUGGAACAUGUGGAAUCAGUGGAACAUUUGGAACAAAUGGAAUCGGUGGAACACUUGGAACAGAGGGAAUCGGAACAUUUGGAACAAGUGGAAUCAAUGGAACAUUUGGAACGAAUGGAAUCAGUGAAACAUUUGGAACAAGUGGAACAUUUGGAACGAAUGGAAUCAAUGAAACACAUGGAACAAGUGGAAUCGAAACAUUUGGAACGAAUGGAAUCGGUACAAGUGGAAUAG